GACUCCACUCUCCUGGGAAGGCCCUCCCUCGUGCCUCCUGGGGGGGGAUCUUCCCAACAUUCAAAUCUGAGACUCCUCUUGUCACCAAAAGGUGCAAAUGCUCAGAGUCAUGGAAUGAUCUUUCCAUGAGCAGUGUCAGGCAGGGACAUUCGCCCAGGAAACUCUCCAAAGCAGGGUCAGAGCUUCUCCUGCGGGCUCAGGGACCUUGUCUGUUUCAUUCUCUCACAUUCUCUUUCCCUCUCCCUCCCUCUCCCUCCCUCUCUCCUGCCCUCCCUCUACACACACACACACACACACACACACACACACACACCACAGACACUCCUCCAACAGCUGCAAUCUGGAAGAAAUUACUCUUCUAAACAGCCAGACUUCCCCAGUUUCAGGAAAUUCCAAGCUGGGCAGGAGGAGGGGCUGGGCUGGGAGGGGGGCGCGCCCUGUCCAUCCCCCCACCCCUUCUGCGUGUCCUCUGUGCGCACCCGGUCCGGCCCAGGCCCGCCCCCACACUCAGCCCGGAGGCCUCUGCUUUUCCACCACCGCUUUCUAGUCCUUUAAAUCCUAGAGGCAAAACUUUUGGGGGAUAAGGAAGGCGGGGAGGGGCCUGGGCCUUAACCCUCUCUGCCCCAGAGGGACUGGGCUGGACUGGGCAGUGACUUCGCGGCCCUUUUGGGCUCCUACCAUGGCCCCCCGAGAGGGGCUGACACUUCGGUCCCCGGUGCAGGUGUGAUCCGCCCGGAGGAAAAAGGAAGAAGGAGCGGACUUGGGACUCGGAGGCAGAGGCGGGCUCCGAACCAAGGAGAGGGGCGUCCCAGUCGGAGCCCGAGAGCGCGCCUGCCCCACUCCGCGAGGGCCACGAGGCCCAGGGUGGGAACGCGGCCUCGCUCGCUCACUCGCUCCCGGAGGAGGCAGCGCUGACCCGGCCCUACCCCGCAGAUGCCGGUGCUGAAGCAGCUGGGCCCCGCGCAGCCCAAGAAGCGGCCGGAGCGCGGCGCCCUCUCCAUCUCCGCGCCGCUCGGCGACUUCCGGCACACGCUGCACGUGGGGCGCGGUGGCGACGCCUUCGGGGACACUUCGUUCCUGAGCCGUCACGGCGGCGGGCCGCCGCCCGAGCCCCGGCCGCCGCCCGCCGGAGCUCCGCGCUCCGCGCCGCCGCCCGCGGUGCCGCAGCCCCCGCCGCCGGUCCUCCGCACGCCCGCGCCCGCCGACCCGCUGCUGUCCUUCCACCUGGAUUUAGGCCCCUCCAUGCUGGACGCGGUGCUGGGCGUCAUGGACGCGGAGCGCCCGGGGGCCGCUGCCGCCAAGCCCGACUUGGACCCCAGCUCCGGGGCACAGCACCCCAGGGCCCGCUGCCACCCCAACGCGGACCUCGAGAGGGACGACGUCAUCGGCCUGUAGGCACCCCUGUUCCUGAUGCUUUUACCAUCUGGCACCCCACUUCUUUAUACAUAAAUGGUUAAGGUCUC